AUGGAAAAUCCAUUCAUUGCUAUCCUACGUGGCAUACCCCCUCCCCCUCUUCUUGCCACUUCCAAUUCUCUCUUCUUAUAUUUUCCCUUCAUUUUUUCCUCCCCUGUUUACACUACUCCGUAUAUCUUCUUAAGUUUUUUUUUUUUUCACUUCUCAAAAGUUUUUUUUUUUUUUGUGAGAAGUGAAGCAAAAAUAUCCAUCUUUGACUUUUUUUAAAAAAAAAAGUUUUUUGCAGCAAUGGUAGCAGAUGCACUGAAUCAAGCUGAGGGGGCUUGGCAAGGUGCCUCAUCCGUGAAUAGCUCAAAGUUGGAAAUUGUGGCUACUCAGGAGAAGGCACCGACUUGUCUUGCCAAUAAAAAUGCUUUAAAGGUUAGGAAGCCUUAUACCAUUACUAAACAGAGAGAGAAAUGGACAGAAGAAGAACACCAGAGAUUUCUUGAAGCCUUGAAGCUGUAUGGCCGUGCUUGGCGCCAAAUAGAAGAAUAUGUUGGAAGCAAAACUGCAAUUCAAAUUCGUAGUCAUGCACAGAAAUUUUUUGCAAAGGUUGCUCGAGAUUCAGUUAAUGAUGGUGAUGAAUCCCUAAACGCGAUUGACAUACCUCCUCCUCGGCCAAAGAAGAAACCUCUGCAUCCAUACCCUCGCAAGAUGGUUGAUUCCCCUGUAGCUAACAAGGCAGUUUCAGGUCAGCCUGAAAGCUCUCCUUCCCCAAAUGUAUCAGGAAGGGUGAGUCGUUCUCCAGAUUCAGUUUUGUCAGCAAUCGGUUCAGGUGUUUCUGAAUAUCCAGUUGCUGAGCAGCAGAACUCUCGCUUUUCACCAGCCUCUUGUACUACAGAUGUACACACUGCAAAUAUAAUUUCUGCAGAGAAUGAUGAUGAAAGUAUGACCUCAAACUCCAGCACCGUGGAGGAAGUCCAUGUUGAAUUAAAACCAAUAUCUGCUAGUACCAGCCCGAUUGCCAAUUCUGACAUGGUAAUUCCUCUUGAAGCCUGUAAUCUAUCUGCUUUACCAUGCUAUUUAGGCUGUACACUUACCUCAGGUUUGUAUGUUCCUUUGCAGGAAUGUGAUAUAGUUCAUAGGGAGAAUUCAUGUAAUGGUGAAAAGCUAGCUGUUGAAGCACCUUCAGCAAGUAUCAAGCUGUUUGGACAGACGGUUUUCAUACCAGAUGCCAAUAACCUUGCUCUGCGAGCUCCAUACAACUGCAACUCAUUGCCAUCUAAAUCCACAGAAAAGGAAAUCAAGAUCAGCAGUGAAGAUGUACUUCACAGCUUCCAAGCUAACCAAGCAAAUUCACAGUUUAUGCUCGCCAUGGUUCCAGGCAAUAUGAUUCCACCAGCUUCUUGGUUGUCUCACAACAUGCUUGAAAACAAUCCUGAGAUUACUACUGUUUUCCCUACUACAGUUUCUUGGUGGUCCUGGUACCAAGAUCUGGUAAAUCGAUCUAUCUUAUCGUGUGACCAAAAAGCCAUGGAGACUGCUGUUCAUUGUCAGGGACCGAAAGAUGAAGAACCCCAAAGAGAGGGAUCAUCGACUGGUUCAAGCAUCGGCUCAGCUAGUGAAGUUGACGAUGGAAACAGGAGUUCUGAAACAGCUGAGUCCAAAUGUACAGCCAAGAGCUACAAGUGGAACAACAGUAAGGGAUUUGUACCAUACAAAAGAUGUUUAGCAGAGAGGGACGACAAGUCAUCAGGAGCUGUUUUAGAAGAGAGAGAAUCACAACGGGUUCGUGUGUGUUCAUAAUGCUUUUUGGUACAGUUUCCUCUGUUAGCAAAUCCUCCUGACCAGCCAGAGGUUAAGUUCUGCACAGCAUUUCAGUUUUAUUAACCAAUGGCUUUUUAGGAGUCUUAGGAGAUCCGCAGACUAUCUAAUUCAGGAGGUCCGAAGUUUACCAUCGACACUGUUAACUUUUUAGUGUUUUUCAACAUUUUUUCAGCUGGACACGAAACUGAGUUGGCAACCAAAAGACGUGCAGCUGCAGUUUUUCCUUUCUACUGAUCGUGUCGCAGUUGUUCUGUAUUAUACUCUUUGCAACUCUUCUGUAUUUUAACUCUCCUAGUGAAGCCACUUUUAUGUUAUCUGAAUAUAACCAAACAUCUCUUUUUUCGUUUU